CCUUAGGGACAGAUGAACAUUUGAAUUAAUAUACAGUUUUGAAUGAUAUGUAAACAUUUCAAUAAUGUUUAUAGUUACAAAGAAGAUUGACAGUGAAAAUAUUAGUAAACUGUGUCGCACAUGUUUAAGAGAAGAUAAUGAUAAAAUGGUGUGCUUAUUUGUUGGUCCAUCUGGGUCAUCACUUGCUGCAAAACUGCGGUCUUUAUCUUGUUUAGAGGUAUGUCAAGGAGAUGGUCUACCAGAGAAAAUGUGCGAUAAAUGCGUUACUCGUGCUGAAUCUGCUUUAUUAUAUCGUGAACAAUGUCGAGUUGCAGACAGAGCCCUAAGACAAGCAUUAUUAAAGGUAAAAGGAAUGACAUCCUAUACGACUGUAAGUGGAUGUAAACUUUACCAACAAAAUCAAGGCUUUGUACCACUACAAAAUGCACAAAAGACUUUAAAAUGCGUAGAAUGUGGGGCAGUUUUUAUGAAUUAUCAGGAACUUUGUCUCCAUAAUCGGUUACAUGUUCCUCUACAACAUGAAAAUAAUAUACCAUCUCAACAUAUGCGUAUUGCCGAAUCUCAAAAUUCGCUUCCGAAUUUAAAUCACGCAGUUGUCAAUUCAACUAAUCUUGAUAUAGAUAAUGUUAAUGAACCUUCGAAGUUAACUAUUCCAUACUUAAGAGAAGAAGAUAAUUUAAUUAGCAAUCGAGCUGCAUGCGCUCUUCAUUGUUCCUUAUGUAAUCACACUUUUACAAAUAGAACACAACUUAUUCAUCACAAUUUAACACAUGACACAAAUAAUAUUAAUUUAGUUUGCAAUGAAGAAACCAUUGAAAAUAGACAAAAUUCCAAGUUUAAUAUUCCAUCUACAAAUAGUUUAGUUCAUUCUACAAUGGAAAAGUCUUUAUCAAAUUUUAAUUAUCCAUUUCAUUCGUUUAUGAAUGAAAAUAAUGAAAUUCAAAAUUCUAUUAUUUCUGAUACAACACAAUUGAAUAGUGCUAGAUUUCAGUCAGACAUAAUUAUUCAUUCCCAAAAUAAUUCAAAAAUGAUUGAGCAAUGUUUUGAUGAGUCUAAUUCUUUGAAAUAUAAAGAAAAAUGUCAUUUAGAUAAAUUAGAAGAUUCUAAUAACAAAAUCUAUAAAUGUGAACAAUGUUCUCAAGAAUUUUUCCAAAAAUCUAAAUUGGAAACUCACUGUUUAUUACACACAAAUCUUCGUCCUUUUAAAUGUUUUUCAUGUGAAAAAUCUUAUGCUUCUAAAAGUAAAUUAAAUGCACAUAUAAGAUUACAUACAAAAUCGAAUAUUUAUCAAUGUAAAUUUUGCAACAAAAUUUUUACCUAUCCUUCUUAUUUAGAAGAGCAUAUGAAUUCCCAUAAAACAAAUAGUCAAAUCGAUAUGCAAGGUAGACAAAAGAUUUAUGGACUUGAAUGUAAUAUUUGCAAAAAAAAAUUUCGUUUCGCUAAAAAUUUGAAUGCUCAUUUUAAAUUGCACAGUGGAAAAGGUUUAUUCGAGUGUAGUAUUUGUGAUAAAAAAUUUAGUAAAAAAUACAAUUUAAAAAUUCAUUUACAAUCACAUGAUGAUAAAAAAUUGCAUAAAUGUAAAUACUGUGAUAAAUCGUUUACUCAAAAAAGUAAUCUUGUUGAACAUACGAGAAUUCAUACAAAAGUGAAACCAUUUCAAUGUAAUAUGUGCAAUAAAAGGUUUUCGCAAUCCAGUCAUUUAAAAAGUCACAAAGCAUCUCAUGACACUGUACGACAACAUCAUUGUCAACUUUGUGGCAAAAAAUUUAAAUUAUCCAGUCAUUUAAAAAGACAUCUAAAUUCUCAUAAUGGAUCAAAGACAUAUAAAUGUGAUAAAUGCAAUCAAAUGUUUUCUCAAGCUUUCAGUUUAAAACGACAUUUAAAAAGGCAUGCCGAGUCGUAACACUAACAAGCGCCGAAAAUAUUUUCUGAAAAUAUAAAAAUGAUAUUUUUAACAAAUUGAGUGUCCGAACAGAACACUAGCAAUCAUGUUACUCAAGUAACGAUUUUAAAUAAACAAGAAAAAGUGUCAGAUCUUUAAAAAUUCAAAAUUUCCAAGCAUAAAAUUUAUCGAGUUUAAUAAAUAACUUUUUAUAUUAUUAUAUUUAUAUUAUAUUUAUAUAAUAUAACAUAAUUUUCAUGAGUAAAUUAUAACAUAUUUCUUUAUAUUAUUGAUUAUUAUUAAUUAUAAAUUCAUGCAUUUUUCAUUAAUUAUAAUUCGCACAACUGUUGAAUUCGAGACAAUUAUUGUAGUAUGAUAUUGAUGAUUUAGAAGAUUCAGAAAACUAAAGAUGCAAUAGGAUUUGUUGGCAUUUUUGAUUAAAUUUAUGCUUCUUUAUACCUUGUUCAAAAGUAUGUAUUUCUCGCUUCGAUUUCACAGCAGAAAGUCGAAGUUACAGCGGGAGCAAAAGCUUUUAAGCUGGGGGUUAAAUACGUAACUUUUUCUGGGUCCCACAUUCCGUAUUGCACAUUCCAGAUCCCACUUCUAAACUUCCGUAUUUCAGAUUACGGAUUUCACUUUUAAAAUUCCGUAUUCCAGAUUGCGGAUUCCACUUUCUAUAUCCCGUAUUCCAAAUUUCACAUUCCGUAUUCUGGAUCUCACUUACCAGAUUCCACAUUCCGUAUUUCGGAUCCCACAUUCCGGAUUCCACUUUCAAAAUUCCGUACUCCAGUUUCCACAUUCCGGAUCCCACUUUCAAAAUUCCAUAUUUCAGAUUCCUCAUUCCGGAUUCCACUUUCUAAAUCCCGUAUUCCGGAUUUCACUUUCCUUAUUUCGGAUCCCACAUUUCCGAUUCCACUAUUCACAUUUCGGAUUUCACAUUCCGGAUUCUACUUUUUAUUUUACAUAUUUCGAAUUCCACAUUUAAAAUUCUGUAUUUCAGAUUCCACAUUUUACAUUCCGUAUUCCAAAUUCCGGAUACCACUUUUCACAUUCCGUAUUCCACUUUCAAAAUGCCGGAUUCCACAUCCCACAUUUUGAAAGUGGAAUCCGGAAUACGGUAUAUGGGAAAUGGAAUCCGAAAUGUGGAAUACGGAAUGUGAAAAGUGGGAUCCGGAAUUUGGAAUACGGAAUGUGAAAUGUGGAAUCCGGAAUGUGGAAUAUGAAAUACGGAAUUUUGAAGGUGGGAUCCGGAAUGUGGGAUUCGGAAUACGGAAUUUUGAAAGUGGAAUCCGGAAUGUAAAGAGUGGGAUCUGGAAUUUGGAAUCCGGAAAAAGUCACGUAAUUGACUCCCUGUUUUACAUUACCGGCAGAGAAUUUAAAGCGCGUGUGAUCCAGACGUAUAGGGAUUGUCAGUUAACCUAAAAGUUUUUUUUUGGUACUUUACGUGAAAAGAAAAAUGAAUCAAAUCGUAUCAUCUGACGAUUCCGCAGAUGAAAUUGUAUAUGUCAUAAAAAUAUUAUAAAUAAUUUUUAUUUACGAACAGAUUUUAAAAAUAAUUAAUACAAUUAAUAAAUAAAAAAAACUUAAUAAUUUUUGUUAUUUAUGGUAUAACAAAUAAAGAAAAGAUUUUAAAAA